AUGGCAUCGCGCCAGCUUCGACGACGGCGUCUGCACACGAGUCCUCCACCGAAGGAGACCAACUCAUGGCGCUUCACCACCCUCCUCCCGCCCGAUCCUACCUUCCCGACGCCUGCAGAGUCUCACAAGACGCCACGCGACCAGAUCACACCUCGCCAGGUGCGCGGCGGCCUCUUCACCUGGGUGCGCCCCGAGCCGCAGGAGGACCCCGAGCUCCUCGCCGUCUCCCCUGCCGCACUCCACGACCUGAACAUUGCGCCCUCCGAGGCCACCACGGACGAGUUCCGCCAGCUCGCAGCCGGGAAUGUUCUGCUGGGCUGGGACGAGGCCAAGAUGGAAGGCGGAUACCCGUGGGCGCAGCUGUACGGAGGCUUCCAGUUCGGCCAGUGGGCCGGCCAGCUGGGCGACGGACGAGCCAUCAGCCUGUUCGAGACGACGUCCCACAAUAGCAGAUAUGAGGUCCAGCUCAAGGGCGCUGGGAUGACUCCCUACUCGCGCUUCGCAGAUGGCAAGGCCGUGCUGCGGUCCAGCAUCCGCGAGUUCGUCGUCAGCGAGGCGCUGAACGCGCUGGGCAUCCCGAGCACCCGCGCUCUGGCCCUCUCCCUGCUGCCGCACAGCAAGGUGCGCCGUGAGACCAUCGAGCCCGGUGCCAUCGUCGUGCGGUUCGCCCAGAGCUGGAUCCGCCUCGGCAACUUCGACAUCCUCCGCGCCCGCGGCGAGAGGCCCAUGAUCCGCAAACUGGCCAGCUACGUCGCCGAGGAGGUCCUGGGCGGCUGGGACCGACUACCUGGCAGGCUGAGCGACCCAUCUGCACCCACCGAGGCGCCGGAUCUCGAGUUUCCGCCCCGUGGCGUGACCGGCAGGGACGACGUGCAGGGCCCUCCCGAGGCGGCUGAGAACCGCUUCGCGAGGCUCUAUCGAGAGGUCGUCCGGCGCAAUGCCCUUGUCGUGGCGAAAUGGCAGGCCUAUGGCUUCAUGAACGGCGUGCUGAACACCGACAACACGUCCAUCUGCGGACUGUCCAUCGACUUUGGGCCGUUUGCCUUUCUGGACAAUUUUGAUCCGGCGUAUACCCCCAACCACGACGACCACAUGCUCCGCUACAGCUAUAGGAACCAACCCACGAUCAUAUGGUGGAACCUGGUCCGCUUCGGCGAGGCCAUUGGCGAGCUCAUCGGCGCGGGCGCCACGGUCGACUCGGACAAGUUCAUCAACGAGGGCGUGUCCGAGGAGGGGCCCGAGGCGGACGAGCUGGUGGCACGGGCCCAGAAGCUCAUCGAGCAGGCCGGCGAGGAGUACAAGGCCGUCUUCCUGGCCGAGUACAAGCGCCUGAUGACCGCCAGGCUCGGCCUGCGGAGGUUCCAGGAGCAGGACUUCCAGGACCUCUUUAGCGAGCUGCUCGACACCAUGGAGGCGCUCGAGCUGGACUUCAACCACUUCUUCCGCCGGCUCAGCACCAUCAGGACCGCCGACCUGGCCACCGACGACGCGAGGCGGCACAAGGCCGCUGUCUUUUUCCACAAGGAGGGCAUCAGCGCCACCGGCGUGUCCGAGGACGAGGCUCGUCAGAGAGUCGCCCGCUGGCUGGAGAAGUGGCGCGCGCGCGUCCUCGAGGACUGGAGCGCGGGGGCCGCGGAGGGGACUGUCGACGACGCUGCCAAGGAGGAGGAGCGCAUCGCCGCGAUGAAGCGGGUCAACCCCAGCUUCAUCCCGCGCAGCUUCAUCCUCGACGAGGUUAUCAAGAGGGUCGAGAAGGGCGGCGAGAGAGACGUGCUCCGCCGGGUCAUGCACAUGGCGCUGCACCCUUUCGAAGACGAGUGGGACGGUAGAGAGUUCGAGGGGUCAUUAUACAGUGGAGACAAGGACGAGGAAGCUCGCUGGACCGGCGAUGUGCCCAAGUUCGAGAGGGCUAUGCAAUGCAGCUGCAGUUCGUGA